AUGGCGAGUGGCGGCCAUAUGCAUAAUCUCACCACCCUCAUCAAACGGCUCGAGGCUGCAACCUCACGCUUAGAGGAUAUGGCAAUGACUCUAGAUGAACCUCAUGCUUCCACGAUUGCGGGAACUCCUACAACUCCUUUGCCCGUUGCAACUGUGACUCCGAAGCUCACUCCUCCUCCGCCGGCAACUCCUCCGCCAGCCCAAAUCCCGCCGCAGAUCCAGGACUUCGAUGAAUUGAUUAAAGAGGAUGUCCAGAAAUUUGUUGACCUUGGUCAGAAGAUUGGUGGUCUGGUGGCUGAGCAGUCGAAAGCGGUAUUGCAAGCCUUCCAAGCCGAGCGCACCUACCUCUUUGUUUCGACAAAGGCCAAGAAGCCCGAUCCCCAGCCUGUAGAGCUUGUGACAGACUUGCACAAGGCCUCAGACAGCAUCAACAACAUUCGGGAGUCUAACCGGCCUUCGCCGCUGUUCAAUCACCUGAGUGCUGUCGCAGAGGGCAUCGUUGCUCUGGGCUGGUUUUUCGAGGGAAAGCCAGCGGAAUUCGUCACGGAGAUCAUUGGUGGUAUCCAGUACUACGGAAAUAAGGUGUUGAAGGAGUACAAGGACAAGGACCAAACACACGUCGAGUAUAUCCAAGCGUACUACCAGAACUUCAAGUCUCUUUCAGCUUAUCUCAAGAAACACUACCCCAAGGGCCUGACAUGGAACGAUGAAUCUGGAGUUGACGCUCAGGUGGCUCUCAAGGAGAUCAAGAGUGGUGCUCCAGCCGGCGCUAGCACCGGUCUACCACCUCCUCCCCCUCCCCCUGUUCCUGCUCUAAAUGUCCCUGGUGGAGGCGGUGGCCCUCCCCCACCACCACCACCACCACCACCUCCCCUGGUCACCUCUCCGGCUCCUGCUCCAGGGACUGCCGCUCCAGACAUGGGUGCAGUCUUCGACCAGCUCAACCAAGGCGAACAGAUCACCUCUGGUCUCCGCAAGGUAGAUAAGUCGGAGAUGACACACAAGAACCCCGGUCUACGUGCGGGUUCAACCGUAGGCUCUCCUCGGGCCAGGUCUCCUGCUCCUAGCAAGAAGCCGAAGCCCGAGAGCAUGCGUACCCGCAAGCCUCCGCGCAAAGAACUGGAGGGUAGCAAGUGGUUAGUAGAGAACUUCGAGGGCUCAGAGGAUAUCAUUGAGAUCUCCGCACAGCAGAACCAUUCCAUUCUGAUCUCGCGCUGCAACAAGAGCAUUGUCAAGGUCAAUGGCAAGGCCAAUGCUAUUGCUAUUGACAACUGCACUGGCCUUUCCAUUAUCGUGGAAUCGCUUGUUAGCAGUCUUGAUGUGAUCAAGUCACCUAAGUUUGCUGUGCAGGUUGAUGGUACCGUCCCAACUAUUCUUCUCGACCAGGUCGAUGGCGCUACUGUUUAUCUUGGCCUACAGAGUUUGAACACCGAGAUAUUCACAAGUAAAUGCAGUGCUGUGAACAUCACUCUCCCACCUAAGGAGGGCACAGACGAUGAUACCAAGGAGUGCCCUGUUCCCGAACAGAUCAAGAGCUACAUCAAGGAUGGUGUGCUGGUGAACGAGAUCGUGGAGCAUUCUGGUUAG